ACUAAAAACACACGUUUGCGUUAUUUUCAGUAGACGUCGUCAGUAGCAGCCGCAAAUAAAAUGUUUAAAAAAUUUGAUGAAAAAGAAAGUGUAUCAUCCAUUCAACAAUUAAAGUCAUCUGUACAAAAAGGUAUACGUGCCAAAUUAUUGGAAACUUAUCCUCUACUGGAGACUCAUAUCGACGUUAUACUACCCAAAAAAGAUACUUAUCGCAUUGCAAAAUGUCAAGAUCAUAUCGAAUUAUUGUUAAAUAGUGUUGGCGAGCAAGUUUUUUUCCGGCAUCGUGAAAGUGUGUGGAUGCCGACGCUUAGACUUUUGCAUAAAUUUCCAUAUUUUGUCCCUAUGCAGCAAGUUGACAAAGGUGCAAUACGUUUUGUCUUGAGCGGUGCUAAUAUUAUGUGCCCUGGUCUGACCUCGCCCGGUGCUAUCAUGACACCGGCGGAAAGUAAAACAGUUGUAGCCAUUAUGGCUGAAGGUAAAGAGCAUGCCUUAGCUAUCGGUGUCACAACAAUGUCAACAGAAGAAAUUGCAAAAGUAAAUAAGGGAGUUGGCGUUGAAACUUGUCAUUAUCUAAACGACGGUCUGUGGAAGAUGAAGCACAUUAAAUAGAUUAUUUAUUUUUUGCCUUCGAAUUGCUAUACCUGUUUUAAGUACAGCGCUUAAUAAAAUUUUUAUUGUUCACUUUAUAGUCGAAACUCAUACCCAAAUAUUCGUUUCCAUUACUUCCAAGUUGA